UUUUUGAAAAAUUUUUAUAAAAAUACAAGUUAAAUACUACAUUCCGAAAAAUGCACCAAAGUCAUUAUACCGUUACUCGCGAGCGCCGUCGCUUUGGGCGUCAAUGUUUAUUCACAGACCGUCAUCAAUUAUUAUUUAAUAUAGUACCAAAACCGAAACAUCGUCAACAAUAUAUUCUUAGAAAUCCAGUAAGUACGGGCACUCAGUUGGGUGAGCAAAAAGCUGAGAGUUAUGUAGCAACAGACGAUGUAGCUUUCUUCAGUCAUGGAGUUCACCAUUACGAGGGUGGUUGGCCACGUGAGGUAAAUAUAAACGAUGAAGAUCAAACAUUGCGUCAUCGUAAAAAAGUUGAGCGAGAAGACAAUUGGGGAUCACAGGUCACUGCAUUGAUUAAAAAAGCUAUUGACAUUACGGAACAAAAUAAUACAAUGAAUAUUUAUGAGUGCUUUUUUGAAGAUUUACCUAAAGAGUUAGGAGCAGACAUAUUUGAAAAAUUUGAGGCACGACAAGUUAACCUUUUUCAUGAUUUAGUAAAGCCAACGCGGCCUUUACUAACCAUUGACUGGUUACCCACUAAUAGCCAUAGAUUUCUUACACAUUACUCAAAUACCGAAAAAAUUUCAAGUUUCACGUUUGAGAAUGACGAGCCAGCUAGCGGCAAUUUGUUUUUUACAUGGGAUACUAAAGAUCCAAUCAAACCAGUAGUAAAUUUUGAUUGCAAAGAAGCUGUCUGUAAGGUAUUGUUUUGUCCGAAAGAUGACGUAAAUAUGGCUGGCGGUCUUUUUUCUGGUAAAAUUUGUAUUUGGGAAUCGCAAAAUGGAGGCCUACCGACUAAAAUCUGUCCAUUAGAGGUAGCACAUCGUGAACCUGUUGCAGGAUUAUGUUGGGUACAUUCAAAGUCAAAUUCCGAAUUUUAUACAGGGUCCAUUGAUGGCAGUAUUAAAUAUUGGGAUUUUAAUAAUUUAGAAGAUCCCUUACAAGAAGUAUUGUUAGAUCCUGAACCCACAGACGACCAAUCCAGAGAUCGUGCACAUGGCUGUACAGUACUAGAAUUUGAAUAUACUAUACCUGUGCGUUAUAUAAUUGGUACAGAUCAAGGUUUUAUAUUUGUUGGAAAUAGAAAAGGCAUAACUCCGAGUGAAGCCUUAAUAAAUAACUAUAAGAUUUUUGCUGGCCCAAUACGCACUAUUGAGCGCAAUCCAUUUUUUGUCAAAAGUUUUUUAAUUACUGGCGAUUGGUGUGGCAUGAUAUGGGCAGAAGAAGUUAAAAAUGCGCCUUCAACACUUUUCAUUAAAAAAAAUAAUCAAAUUAUGUGUGGUACUUGGAGUACCGCUCGUUGUUCGCUUUUCGUCACAGGAGAUUCUAAAGGCGAAUUAGACUUUUGGGACUUACUUUUAGAUCAAAAGAAACCGAUAUUUACUUACUUCUUUCAGAAGCGUAUCAUAAAUUGCCGAUUUAGACCAGAUGGCAAAUAUUUAGCAGUGGCUUUAGCUGAUGGAGACAUGCAAUUACUUGAACUAGAUUCAGCUAUGAAACAAAGUUCAGUAAAGGAGAAAGCUCUAAUAGCUGCUCUUUUUGAGCGCGAACAGCUUCGUUGCAAGUUACUCGAAGGCCGGGUUGAAGAAAUUAAGCUAAAACAUAGGUUAUCUGAAGCAGAAGCAGAAGCCGCAGCGGAAGAAGACGAAGAAGCACCAGACUUUAGUAAAAUGGUGUUAGCAGCGGUUGAUUCACAAGAACUCUACGAAAUAGUAUUUAGUGAUGAAGAAUUUAGAACAGUGUUUCAACAGUUCAAGGACAUCGUUUUCAAAACAAAAAAAAAGCAAUAUGAACGGGAAUUCGUUAUGGAACGAACUGAAUUCGAACCAGAUCCAAUGGUAGCUUUAAUUCCUUUACCUGCUGAUGAAACUGAAAAAACCUCAGAAACAACAAUUCCCAUUCAAGGUGAUAGUUCAGUAGUUGAAGAAGAACCGAAAGACAAAAAGAAAGGAGGUAAAAAGAAACAGGAAGAUAAAAAGAAGCCAGAAGAUAAAAAGAAAGAAGAAGAU